GUAGCCAAUCCCACCGCCAUAACUCAAAAAUCUUCAUUUCUUAUUGCCCAAGACACAGAUACAGCAAAUCUGCUUUCUUUCACAGCAAACAACAUAUAUAUAUAUAUAUAUAUACACAUCAGUUGUGAGUAUAUAUAUAGUAGAAUAUCUGAGAUUGUGAGAUUAGGUUUAUUGGGGGUUUUCGUGUUGAGUACGAGAAAGGUUAUCUCUUUUGUAAUCCUAUUAAUUAUCGGCUAUGACGGUGUUGACGAAGAGAAGCAGAGAUGAAGUAGAGGUGGAGGCCUUGGCGAUGGCCAACUGCCUCAUGCUGCUGUCCCGGGUCGGCAAGUCUGCGGCGUCGCCGGCCGGCCGGCUCUUCACCUGCAAGACUUGUAACCGGGAGUUUUCGUCGUUCCAAGCUCUGGGAGGCCACAGGGCCAGCCACAAGAAGCCCCGGCUCAUGGCCGGCGCCGGAGACCACCUCCACGUCCAGAAGCCAAGCUUCCCGGCUAAGCCCAAGACCCACGAGUGCCCCAUCUGCGGCCUGGAGUUCUCCAUCGGCCAAGCCCUCGGCGGCCACAUGAGGCGCCACCGCGCCUCCACCGUCAGCGAUGGCAGCACUGGUACCAGCAGCCAAUCGACGGAGAUGGAGAAGACUACGAUUAUUAGCAGCAGCAACAAGAGAAUAAUUUUGUCUUUGGACUUGAACUUGACUCCUUACGAGAAUAAUCUCAUGUUGGCCAAGAUCCCCCCGUGGUUGCAAAUUGCCCGAUGAUUGAUUCUCAAGUUUUGGGUUACUUUGCAGAACAGUUUUGCAUUCGAGGCCGGCUUGUGGUUUGGAAUUUUGGUGCCUUGCAGAUAUCUUCAUUUUUAAAUAGUAGCCUUGUUUCUUCUUCUUUUACCUUUGUGAUUUAUAUUUAGAUUUAGAUAUAGAUAUAGAUGUAAAUCUGGCGCUUCAUUCUUUCACCUUUCUUUCUUCGCUGUAAAAUACAAAUACACAGUUCUCUUCGUUAUAAGCAAACCAUCUUGGAUUUUGAGGUUUA